AUGUCAGAAGGCCUUCCAAGACCUGAAGGACUAUCUCACUACAGCUCCAUUAUUAAGUCCGUCCGUGCAAGGAGAAGAGCUGUACCUAUACUUAGCGGUGUCCCCACACACCCUUCUAGGAAGUUAAGACAUUACUUCCAAGUUCAUGUCAUCAACGUCGUGACGGACCAUCUGCUCAAGAAGGCAAUGAACAAGCUGGAAGCCGCAGGACGGCUGAUUCAAAAUGCAAUAAAGGCUCAAGCCCUAGCAGAUUUCAUUGCAGAGUUCACUCCGAGUUAUGAGGAUCUUGGGGAAGGAGAGUACAAUAAAAAAUGGGUCGUCCAUGUAGAUGGAUCGUCUACAUUGUAUGCUGGAGGAAUUGGAGUUGUUUUGCAGUCGCCAGAAGGAGACAAGUUAAAGUACAAGGCUCGUUUGCAAUACCAGGCUACUAAUAAUGAAGUGGAGAAUGAAGCCAUUUUAAAGGGGUUGGAGUUGGCUAAGUCUGUAGAAGCAGACUCAAUACUUGUCUUGGGAGACUUUCAGGAAGAGAAUGUGGAAGCAAAUAAUCUGGCAAAAGAAGCGUCUACGAAUGAAGCAGUGGACGAGUUGGAUGCAGUACAGUACAUGCCAAGUAUAGACCUUCCAGAGAUGCUGCAGAUAAAGGGUGACGAAAAUUGGAUGACCCCAAUAAUGUCAUACCCGAAGGACGGAAGACUUCCAGAAGAGAAGGACGAAGCUAGGAAGCUCAAGGUCAAAUCAGCCAGGUACAUACUUAUGGACGAAGUGUUAUACAAAAAAGGUUUUUCCCAGCCUCUCUUAAGAUGUUUGGCUCCAGACGAGGCAAACUACAUGUUGAGGGAAGUUCAUGAAGGAGCAUGUGGUAACCAUUCGGGAGCCAGAUCACUCGUCCAUAAAGUCAUCCAUAACGGAUUCUAUUGGCCAACCAUCCAAGCUGAUGCUAAGGCAUAUGUCAAAGUAUGUGAUCAAUGUCAACGCUUCAGCAACAUUCCCAGACAGCCAGCAGAGUAUCUCACGCCAAUGAUGGCCCCUUGGCCUUUCAGGCAAUGGGGACUGGACAUUUUGGGGCCCUUUCCAACUGGAACUCGGCAAAUGAAGUUUCUUGUGGUAGGAAUAGAUUACUUCACAAAAUGGGUGGAAGCCGAACCCUUAGCAAAAAUUACGCAGCAGAAUGUCAAGAACUUCUUCUGGAAGAACAUUGUAUGCAGAUUCGGGGUACCUAGAGUACUAGUGUCUGACAAUGGACGACAGUUUGACAACACAUCUUUCAGGGAAUUUUGUGAACAGUUUGGAAUGAAGAACCAUUACUCCUCACCCUCCCACCCACAGGCCAAUGGCCAGGCAGAAGUAGCAAACUGA